AUGGCUCGAGAUCGGUACCUGACCAUCUCCUGGAACAUUCAUAUAAGUGACCCGGAGCAGGAUGCCAAGAAUGACCAAACAAAAGGAACCCCUCAGCAUGAUAAACUGUUCCGACUGAAGCCACUUCUGGACACCAUCCUGAUAGCAUGUAAAACGCACUUCCACCCAAGACAGCACAUUGCCAUAGAUGAAAGAAUGGUGGCAACAAAGGCUCACACAGGAAUGACGCAGUAUAUGAAGGCCAAGCCGACAAAGUGGGGCUUCAAACUUUUUGUCUUGGCAGACAGCAGCAAUGGCUAUACAGUGGACUUUGCUAUUUACACAGGGAAGUCCCAGUUUUCCUCCGGUGUGGGACUAGCAUACGAUGCUGUCCUUUCCCUUGUAAAUCCCUCAUUCCUGGGCGGUGGUUACGAGUUGUAUGUGGAUAAUUUCUACACCAGCCCAAAACUGUUCAUGGACUUGUUUAGCAUGAACAUCGGCGCUUGUGGCACAUACAGGGAUAACAGGAGAGGAUGUCCCCGCAUCGAAAACAACUCGAUGAAAAAAAAAGACGAAAGGGGCACAAUACGGUGGAUCAGGGAGGGCCCACUAGUGUUUGUGAAGUGGAUGGAUUCGCGUGAAGUUUCCAUCUGCUCCACCAUCCAUCCGGCUUACGAAGGUGCAACAGCAAGACGGCGCUUCAAAGGUAAUGACGGCAAAUGGGUCACCCGGGGCGUUCCAUGCCCUCAGCCUAUUGUGGAGUACAACAAGCACAUGGGAGGAGUUGAUCUGUCAGAUCAACUCAUCCAGUACUACACUAUUCGCCACUCCACCAAACGCUGCCCAGCUGUGUGGUGUGUCGGCCACUGUGCCUCCUGUGAAAGCCCCAGCAGAACACUUACCGGUGCCAGUAUCCCAGCAGGAAGACCCAAGCAGGCGGGCCUCAUAUGGGAGAAAAAGCUGUGUUCACUGCAGAACCACUAA